AUAGUUGUUUACAAGUGAUUUUCAUGCCAUGCUAAAAUCGGUUUCAUUUUUCUUGUUGCAGUACCUAUGGCAGUUAUUGCUUCUUUUAGGAAAAUGAAAAAGCUUGUCCAAGACAUUUCAUUGGUUGAGGCUGCACUUAGGACCCCGUCUCAACUUGUUGUAAGUUCCGAUGGAAAGAAAGUGAAGCGAUUGCAUGCAUUGCCUGAUAUUGACAUCGAAGAUGCAAAGUUGCACACUGUUUUGGUAGAGAACCUUCCAGACGCCUAUUCAACAGAGAGCAUUCAACGAAUUUUUGGUGACGUUGGAAAUAUAAAGAAUAUUUGCAUUCAUAACCCUCACUCCACUGAGGAAUCAACAAAGGCCAGUAAGGCAGAGAAGGUGAUCAGCAGCAAGGUUAACAAACCAAAUCUUCCACUUGCAUCGCAAUUUUCAGGUUUUUUGGAAACAACAGCUUGUCUGAUACAUGACUGCCAUCCCAAAAAAGCUAUAAACUUCUUAAUGUGUAUGUUCAUCUGACUCUAUGCUCUGUUUCCCUCUGUUGACACA